AUGUUGUCAGCUCAAGUAGGUGUACUGGACCAGGUUGAUGGCUCAUGUAAGCUUCAAUGUGGAGAAACGUCUGUCAUCUGCUCGGUUACGGGGCCAGUAGAGCCCAAAGCGAGACAAGAAUUACCAUCUCAGUUGGCUUUGGAAAUAGUGGUUAGGCCGUGCAGAGGAGUGCCAAGUACGAGAGAGAAAAUGUUAGAAGAUCAGAUACGUGGUGUUGUAACGCCGAUCUUGGCGCGUUACAUGUACCCUCGACAGCUGGCGCAAAUUUGUUGCCAAGUUUUAGAAAGCGGCGAACCAGAAGAACAAUAUAGUGGCAAAGAAUUGAGCGCGUGUAUCAACGCCGUCUUUCUUGCGCUUGUGGAUGCAGGAAUUGGACUUCUAGCUUCAGUUUCAUGUGUUUGCCUGGCAAUCACGGGAGACAAUGAACAAAUUCAAAUCAAUCCAUCACAAGCCAACCUUAUAAAGUCGACCUCAACCCACGUCUUGGCACUACAAUUAGGAGCAGGUGCUAAGAAGGUUGAAAAUGUACUUCUUUUGGAGAGUUAUGGAGCGUUUGAUGAAGAGUCAAUGUUACAGGUGUUACACAGCGGUGAAAUGGCAUGUAUGGAAACUGCAUUGGAACUUCGCAAAGUGAUAGAGCACAAGAUCCGCGAAGAUUUUAUUUGGCGGUAG